AUGUUUUGGAAGUUUGAUCUGAACACAACGUCCCACGUCGACAAACUGCUGGAGAAAGAGGAUGUGACUCUGCGCGAGGUGAUGGACGAAGAUGACGUCCUGCAGGAGUGCAAAGCCCAGAACCGGAAGCUGGUGGACUUCCUCUGCCAGCAGCCCUGCAUGGAGGAGCUGGUCCAGCUGAUCACCCACGAGCCUCCCCUGGACAUGGAUGAGAAGGUUCGCUUCAAGUACCCGAACACGGCCUGCGAGCUGCUGACCUCGGAUGUGCCCCAGAUCAGCGACCGGCUGGGGGGGGACGAGGCCUUGUGGAACGUCCUCUACGGCUUCUUGGAACAGGAGCCUCCCUUGAACCCCUUGCUGGCCAGUUUCUUCAGCAAGACCAUCGGCAGCCUCAUCGCUAGGAAAGCGGAGCAGGUGGUUUCAUUCUUGAGGAAGAAAGCCGAGUUUGUCGAUCUGGUGCUGAAGCAUCUUGAGACGUCCGCCAUGAUGGACCUCCUCCUGCGGCUGGUCAGCUGUGUGGAGCCGGCUCCCCUUCGCCAGGAGGUUCUGCAGUGGCUGAACGACGCAAGGCUGGUGGAGAGGCUGGUGGAGCUGAUCCGCCCUCACCAGGAGGAAGGUAGACAAUCCAACGCUUCUCAGACCUUGUGUGACGUCAUCAGGCUGAGCAGAGAUCAGAGCAGCCAGCUCCAGGAGGGGGCCGACCCGGAUCCUCUCCUGGCCUCCCUGGAGUCGCAGGAGUGCGUGGAGCAGCUCUUGAGGAACAUGUUUGACGAGGCGCUGAUGGAGAACUGCAUCGUGAAUGGGACCCAGGUUUUGCUGACGUUGCUUGAGCCAAGGAGAGCUGGCUUGGAAGGACUUUUGGACUCCUUCUCCCAGGGCUUUGAAAAGUUCCACCCUGUCAGUAGCAGCGUCCUGCAGGGCAUUGAGCUGCGCCUGAAGGACUUCCACCAGCUGCUGCUUCAUCCCCCCAAGGUGGCUUCUAUCCUGACGACCAUCGGGGUGCUGGAGGAGCCCCUCGGCAAUGCCCGUCUUCAUGGCGCCCGCUUGAUCGCUGCCCUUCUUCACACCAACACGCCCAGCAUUAAUCGGGAGCUGUGCCGGCUCAGCACCAUGGACCUGCUGCUGGACCUGUUUUUCAAAUACACUUGGAAUAACUUCCUGCAUUUCCAAGUGGAGCUGUGUGUCACGGCCGUCCUGAUGCACUCGGUGCCCCCCGGGAGCAGGCUGCUCACGGAAAACAGCCAGGAGGAGGAGGAGGCGGAGGGAACGGCUGGAGCGCCAGAGAACUUCAUGGUGACUCACCUCUUCCAAAAGUGCUGCUUGGUGCAGAGGAUCCUCGGGGCCUGGGAGACCAACGACAAGAUCCAGGCAGAAGGUGGGAUGAGGCGUGGCAACAUGGGCCACCUGACCCGAAUCGCCAACGCCGUUGUGCAAACGAUGGAGAAAGGCCCCGGGCAGAGCCAGAUUGGGGAGCUCAUCACAGGUCUUCCUGAGGAUUGCAAAGGACGCUGGGAGAGCUUCGUGGAGGAGACUCUGGUGGAAGCCAACCGAAGGAACACCGUGGAUUUGGUGACGGCCCAGCACCUGCACUCCUCCAGCGAAGACGAGGAGGCCGAGGCCGCCUUCCCCAGCGAAGUCUCUCUCCAGCAGGCAUUCUCGGAGUACCAGGUGCAGCAGAUGACAGCCAUUUUCAUGGAUCAGUUCGGCUUUAACGACGAAGAGUUUGCCGAUCAGGAUGACAACAUCAACGCCCCGUUCGACAGGAUCGCAGAGAUUAACUUCAGCAUCGACGUAGAUGAUGAUGGUGCCAACGCCUCCCUCUUUGAAACCUGCUGCAGCGAACGCAUUCAGCAAUUUGACGACAGCGAGGAGGAGGAGGAGGAGGAGGAGGAGGAAGAAGAGGAGGAUAUCUGGGAAGAGAAUGACAUAAACUAUGCAGCCCAGGCCAAAUCCAGGUCACGCUUUGGAGGACUUCAUUCUGUGGCAGGUCCAGGCAAAGGUAGCCUAGAAAACGGGGAACAUGACGGCUGCAUGGACUCUGGGGAGGAGGAGGAGGAGGAGGAGGCUGAGAAGGGGACAGCUGUCUGUUCUGAGGACCCUCUUCGGGGUGGGACCCCAGAAGCCCUUGGCCUUGGGAGCCAGGCAGAGGGGUCUGGGUGGAGGACGGCAGCUGAGCCCUUGAAGUCCAAGCCUCCGGCCUCCUGGGUGGCCACAGAUAUCGGGUCCAGCGUGUGGGAUUCCGUAACACCCGGCACGAAGGCUGCCGAAGAGCGAGGCUGGGCCAAGUUCCCGGACUUCCAGCCCUUCUGCUGCUCCGAAGCGGCUCCCAGGUGCAGCUCCCCUGUGGACAACGACAGCCACCCCCCCAAGGGAAGCCCCGGGCAGAGCCAGGAGGAGAACCCAAGCGCCGCCUCCCCCUGCGCCUGGAACGUCUGUGUGGCACAGAAGGCCCCCUUGGUGGCCUCAGACAGCAGCUCCUCUGGCGGCUCAGACAGCGAGGAAGAGGAGGAGACGGCCAGCGUGGCCACAGAAACCAUCAGCACAGGCUCAGGCCAGGAAACCGUCCCGCUGACUGUGGAGGCUAAGAACGAAAAGGCCCUCUUGACCAGGAGCCGGGCCUUGCCGGGCCGCUGCUUGCGCCUAGAGGGCACCACCCCUCGUCCGAUUGGUCCCUUUCACCAGCUUCAGUUCUUCUCGCCCAACAGCAGCAACUCUGUGACUGUUGACAAGCGGGCGAAUCCUCUGAGGAGCGAAGCUGUCCCGGCGCUUGACCUUCCUCCAGAUCCUGCUGCUGCGGCCGUCACGCCAGAGGCCAAGAGGGACGGCAGGAAUGAGGAGCCCCACCUUGCAACAGAGGCGCCGCUGAAAGGCCCAGCUUGA